CAGCUUGUGUUCCUAAAAUACGUAACACGUCUGAAUGCGUCACAACAGAUCCCUGCAGAGGGACCUUAAGAGUCAGGACUGUCCAUUGAAGCCGAGCCCUCCCCGACAUCGUAAUGGCGCUGACGCUCCCUACCUUUUCCCCUCAGAUCGUGAAGGUGCUGAACCUGUACACCCCGGUCAACGAGUUCGAGGAGAGGGUGUCCGUGUCCUUCAUCAGGACCAUCCAGACCCGUUUGCGCGGCCGCUGCGAGUCGCCCCAGCUGCUCAUGGACACCAAGGUCAUCUACCCGGUGACCUUCCCCUUCAACCCCUCCGCCCUGGCCCUGGAGACCAUCCAGAUCCCCAGCUCCCUCAACCUGGGCUUCCUGGUCCGGGUCUAGACCCAGGACACACACACACACACACACACACACACACACACACACACACACACACACACACACACACACACACACACACACACACACACACACACACACACACACACACACACACACACACACACACACACACCUUGAGACAUACACACGCACACCUUGAGACAUACACACACACGCGCGCGGGCACACCCAUACAAUCGCAAACACACACACACCUCUCCACACAUACACACAAACACACAUCUUGAGACACAAACACACACACACACACACGCAAACAUAAACACACAAGCGUAUAUUAUAAACACCCAUUGGCACAAUCACCAUCUUCUCAAAUGCAUCUGUAUAAUACUCAUACACAUGCAGACAAUUACACAUUCAUGAAUACACGCAAACACAAACAUAUACACACAAAGUAUACAUAUAUAAAUAUAGAUCUAUAAAUAUCAUUAAUUAAAUGUAUCAUUCUAGGAUGUCCUAUUUAUUUAUUGAGUAUCACUAACCCGUGGUUUUCAUGUGAAUGCGUGUUGGAUAUUACACUAGUCCCACGAUAGCUGCUUGUAUGUCAGACAGCAUUAACUUAAGCAUUAGUACGUAGUGUGUACUAAUAAUUUGACAUGUGGUUUUGAAACUAGCUGUUGGUCGUUGUUUAGCUUUGGUAUCUUAGCGCAGAGCUCUUGGUUAGCUUCGCCCCGUAAAGCUCACGCCUCUGGGAGAGGAGCUGGAGCAGUGAUGUAGCGUAUUGCGGAGUGCGUUUUAGGAAGGAUGAGGUGUGUUGAAGGUUUCAGAGCUUAUUAGGAAUCUCUGUGUUGAGAGCCAUUGUUUAAGAGUAAACACUACACCCGUAACAUAAAAACAUAUCAGCCCAAACUAAACGAUCACAGACCAGCUCAACAAACUGAAUUUCAAGCUUUUUGAGAUCCAAGCUAUAUUGUUUUAUAGUUAAUGUAGUGUAUUUAUAUUGUUAACUAAUGUAGUUGACUAUAUAACGAUAUGUAACAUUGAGAGUAUUAUCGGUACCACACACACACACACACACACACACACACACACACACACACACACACACACACACACACACACACACACACACACACACACACACACACACACACACACACACACAUUACUAUGACCAGCUCAAAAUAAAUUAUUUCAGUAUUAUUAUUGUUGUUGCGGACGGUGAGAUUGGUCUUCCCUCAGGAGCUUGUUGUCCUAGCGCUUCUGGACACGUCCACUGUUGCAUGUUUUAUGUCCACUGUUACAUUCAUGUUGCUUUGUGUUUUAUUUAUUCCAUCACCGCUCUGUUUUGGACCUCUUGCGUUACCUGCCUCAAACCCACCUGUAAAGACCCUCAUGCCUUCCCAAUCUGUGGCCAAAAAAGGAACAAAGUCAGCUUUUAUGUCCCAAAACGGUUUUGUUUAUUUCUCUGUAAGUUGACUAAUUUUUUUUUGUGUUGAAAUAACCCAGUCCCUUGCCUUGUAUUUGGAGGACUGUGACGCUAGCUUGGUACAGGUGGUUUAGCUUUGAAGGUAGCUGGCCUAUAGGACAGGACUUAGUUGUUUACCUGCUAAAUUCCCAUGCUGUUCCCCUCUUACUCUGGUCUAUUCUCCAGUGGAAAACCAAAGGUGUCUCACUGUCUACCAAGUCCUGGAGCAUCUACCUUCACAGCUUGUUACUUGGUGGAAACACAAUUACAUGAGCAAGAUAUCUGGCUAGCCUGCUUUCAGCCGGCCUUUGCUUGGCAUGACUUCCACGGACACACAGUAAUAUAUCAGCUAGUUACUCAGAACCUAAUUUGGUAUUCAUUUAUCUCGGAUUUAAUAUGGCGAACACAAGAAGAAACACUGUCUAGAUUAGGGGUUUUAUGAAGUCUGCCCAUUGUUUUGUGAUAAUUAGACCCUUGUGUUGAAGGCCUUCUAGUCUCCUAUAUCAUUACCUUAUGCAUCCUUACUAUUCAUCCCACUAACAGUAGUAUUCACCGAAAACCAAUUAUGCCUGUACACAUUAGUUUGAACCUUGAUUGCCCUUUGACCUCACCCUUUUACAAGAUAAUUUCAUUUUGGUAGGCGUGUCUCACAUCAGGUCCCAAAAAAGUCACCAGCCAAAAUGAGCUCCCUCGCUCUGAGUGGAGCUCUCAAAGGUGGAUUUGGAGACUGCUGGUCGAAAUACGGGUGCUGAGAAAGAUAUCUGACCAAACUGAAAUAUACAAUUAAAAGCCAAGACUAGACCCUUCUCGCUCAGACAGGGACGAGCUAGAAAUUAUGAUGUAUUUUUGUUAAUUAUUUAGUUGUUGUUUUUUUAUGUUGUGUGGUCUUUUAAAUAAAUACAUACUGUCAUAUCUCAUAUCUUACCAGAGCUUUCGAAAAUACCAUUUCCUUUUGCAAAUGUAUAUUUUGAGGAACAAUAGGCAGUUCCAGGUUUUGUUUAAAUGGAGAAGACGUUUCUACAUACUGGAUGAAAUGUAGAGCUAAUGAACGAUUUAACCAUAUGAAUGUUCAGAAAUUGUAAAAGAUUCGUACGUCAAUUUAAGCUGCACAUGAUUUGGGCAAGCCUUAUCUGAAUUAUUUGCUAUCUGAAUGAUUUCAACGAAUCACUUGCAAUGCUUUUAUUCCAUGUCUGUCAAAGCAGUAUUUUUGUUGCUGGUUUUCACUGUAAAAUGGAUUUGAACAUCUGCAAAAUGUUCAUUUUUUUUUCGAUUCGGUGUCCUUUGUGCAAACAUUACGUGUUUUUAGAUAUGUUACUUUGUUAUGCUGUAGGUCAUAAUGCACUUUUUAAAAAAAUAUCGCAGACAACUUCCUAUCAAUGCAAAUGGUCACAUGUAAAAAAAGAAAAAAAAGAUUCCACGCUGUCUUAAGCCUUUUUAUUUCGUAGGUCCUCGCACCUCAUUGCAGAGCGUCAAACACAUUCCCUGCAGAGCUACGAAGAGGCUCUCCUCCCCUAGUUUAGCUCCCCCCGCUCCCUAUUACGUGUUACACAGUGAACUGUGAACGGCCCCCUUUUGUUUCAGCCAGACGCCCCCAUAAGGGCAUUGCUAGGCCGCGUGGAAAACCUGGCCUAGAUUCAAAGGGAGAACCCUGUUCGCAGACUUUUGUCAAGCUGGCUCAUCUCAACCCCGCCUAACCUGGGCUUCCCCCGGGGUCUGACUCUACAUGCCGUUCCCUCGUUCACUUUUAGUUUUCCCCGACGGAGAGACUGCUGUAUAUUGAGGAGUACACACGAUGAAGGAUCAUGUUAUCAUCAGCACUAGCUUCCACGCCGAUACUUUGAAAUCCCCAGACACCCGGCUGGGGAACAUCCUUGUCUUCAUCUGUGCUGCCUGGUACCGUACCGGUGCAGACCAGCUAAGACCGGUCGUCCCCACUCCCGCCUAGUCUCACGCCAAAACCCGUGUAAAAAUUUGACAAACUUGACCGUUUGUAAUUUCUGGUAGCUGUGCUUUGUGAAUGUCUUCACCAAUACGAAACUUUGAAUACGUUUAAAAUGUCAAAUGUGUAAAAGUUAAAUAAAUGAAUUCAGCAUUGACUGUCAAGGAGAA